AUGCCAAGCGCUUGGCGACUGCAUGACAUUGGAUGUGGUCCAUCCGCUGCGCAAGGUCCACCGGAUGAGUCCACGAGCAGCAAGAAUUUGGUUUGCCUGAAGCUGCCGGCUCGUUGCGCAGCCACAAUGUCUGUGCCAAAGAGGUGGACGAAUGCACGAAGGCAUGCAGUUCAUCGCUCAGAAGCAUCGUGGUGGAAUAGCAAGGAGAGCACGGACAUCCGGACGGACUUGCCCAUGUACGCCGGCUGGCCCACUGCAGGACCGUCGGAUGACAAGCUCUUGCUCAAGAUGCGGACAGCGAAGUACAGUGGCCACGUGGAUUGGGUGUCUUGGACACGGGAAGCAGCUAAGCUGCCUCUGAACGUGUCCAGGCAACCUUCUGCCCAGGUGCCAACAUCAUCAUGGUGCAAGAACUAUGGUUAUAUCGGAACAGACGGCCACAUCCACUGGCCCUCUCCGCAACAAAAUUUGCAUGCUCUGGUGCAGAUGGCCUGGGCCAAGGAGCCAGCGAAGAAGCUCGCAGGCGAAAGCAGCGAAAAUGGAAGAUGCCUACAACGAGACUUGGGAUGCGCAUCUGAAUCUGAACCAGCGUUGCAAGAGCUCGGACCCUGCGAGCCGGGUGCAGCUGGGCAACCCAAAACGACGGCGGAGAAGCUGAAAGAGGGAGAAGAUCUCUGGGCUUUGCUGCGCUGCGCGUACCUGUCUGGAGCGGAGAGUUUGAGAGAUGUGAGUGGGCCAGAAGCUCCAGCACCUGAAGCAGAAGCUCCAGCAUCCGAUUAUGACCUUGAGCUGGAUCGGGCUGCUCGAACGGUUCGGGAGAGGUUGCAGAGGCUGCUGCAGAAGACGGCCGAGGCAUCCAAGGCCCUAAGCCGCCAGCCGACUUGCUGGGGCCCCAAUCGCGCACAAAAACCCAGAGAAAAGCCGGCUUUUCCACAUCCCCGCCCUCUUGUGAGGCUCUCAGUGAGGCUGCGCAGCCGCUGGGCACGGCAGCGGGCUCCCGGCGGGUUCCCAACCCGCUCGGCACCUGCUUUGCAACGAAUUCGCUCCUGGCAAAUGCACCUCCCCCCCUCUGCGCUCUGCACGAGCGCGUUCAGAGAGGACCGACACACCGCCCUCGGAAACAGUGCAUGCCCUCACAUAGGAGAGAAAUUCAGUCUCUCCACUCUUAAUGCUAGGUUGGCCGCGACGGCAAAUCUCGUGGAUGCAGGGCAUGUCCCUUGCAUACUCGACAUGUCUGGUCCCCGAAGUCUUGGUUGA